UGUCUCUAAAGGGUUUCCGUAGCUACACCGGAAGUAGACGGCAUGCACUGCAGUAAAGCGUGUUUUCCACACUACUGUCACUGUUUAAUUAGGUUCUGUGGCGUUUUUAGAUUUAAAUAAAACUCAUUGGUUACAUACAUUUGUUAUGGCUGGCAGUCGACUUGAGAAAUUCGGGACUGUAUUUACAAGGGUUCGGGAUUUAAUGCGUGCUGGAGUCAUAAAGCCGGAACAGAAACCCAUCUGGUUUGAUGUAUAUGCAGCUUUUCCUCCUAAAAGGGAGCCUUUAUAUGAGAAACCUGCGAGAAGCAUAAAGAGACACACAGAAGACAGCGUGCCUGAAAUUUUUUACAAGGAGGAUGAAAUCCGAGCGAAGUUUUUUGAAGUGUAUGGUAAUGGACCAAGAGCUUUUGAGCUCCUCAGAUCCAACUUUGUAUCAUCUUGUCAGAGGUUUGUAUUAAAGUACAGUGAAUUGGAAAGGCGUGGUGAUGUAAAAGAAGAGAUGCUGUUUGAAGAAACAGCUAAAGCGCUCCUCUCAGAGGGGGUUCUUUUAAGGAAAAGGGGAGGACCAGCGGUGGCGAUAGAAGCACGUGAUCCUUUGCUGAACAUGAAGUUGACCGAAAUGUUGGCAGAGCAGCAAAGAGACACAGACGUUGAGACAGAUGUUUCAAAGAAGCAGCCGCAGGAGGAGGCAGACAAUGCUGACAGCCAGUCGACAUCAAAAAUAUAAUUUCCUCCUUUCUGUUAGGAAAACAUAAACUGAUCCUGCCACUGGCAUGCUGGUAAAAUCUGCAAUCUUCCUUGGCACAGAAUGCUUGAACACAGAUAUUGUUUGGUUGGUUGUGGACACUGCUUGACUCCAACGGCAUUAUUUGGUUGUUCCCUUCUUGGUAUUAAAUGAUUGAAGUUGAAGACAUUGCUACAUGUACAGUUACAGCUCUUUUUGGCUUGAUCCUUUAUGCCAAGCAGCUGUUAAAGACCGUAUCUGACAGCCAUUUUUAUGUUCUGUAAUACAGAGCUAGAGUAUUAUAUUUUAAUGUCUGUGUGGAAUAAAAUAUGUGGACUGUUUAAUUAAA